CUAACUGUCGAACACGAAUUAGGUCAACAACAUGACAUAACUGUGUAGUGUGUUGGAAUUAUCUUUGCAAGUAUGUUAAAGAUAUUUUAAAUUCCUUAGCUUCAAAGUCCCAGGGUGAAGGUCAGACAAAAAGUCUGUUCUAUUCAAGAUCCGUACUUUAAGUUCAACUCUUUGUGAGUCAAAGCAAUGGGAAACAUCAAAGUGGUGUAAGGUAGACCAGUUUUGUGCAAAGUUUCUAAUUAAGUGAAACAGUAUGGACUUCAUCACGCUGGUUUUGAUUGUCAUCACUUCACUACUGGUCUACGCUUACUAUCGCUUCACAAAGAAAUCUCUGAACGUGCCCCCAUGUCCAGUCAGACCAUGGCCCAUAGUGGGUCAUCUGUUGACAUUGAAGGCAGACCAGAGACCGCAGUUCCAACAGUGGCGGGAAGAGUGUGGAGAUAUUUUUAGUGUUUACCUGGGAUCUAAACUUCUGGUGGUCAUCAAUGACUUUGACCUCAUUAAAGAGACAUUCGUGAAAAGAGCAGACGACUUUUCUGACAGGCCAAUCAUGUUCAUCGAUGAGAUCAUGAAUCAUCAGGCGAGUGGAAUUGUUUUUAAUUCUGGCCAUGCUUGGAGAGAACAGAGAAAUGCCGCAUUUUCUAUACUUCGCAAUUUUGGCUUUGGAAAAAAUGUUUUGGCUGACAGAGUACUUGAAGAAGUAUCGCAUUAUCUGGACAACUUGAAAACACAUAGUGGCAAGCCGGUAGACAUUAGAAAAAUAACCACAGAAAGUACAGCUAACAUAAUCUGCUCCAUUCUAAUUGGGAAAAGAUAUGAAUACAACGAUCCUGUAUUUCAAAGACUUAUUAUGAAAAUCAAUUUCUUAUUCGCCUCUUACAAGCAAGCGGCCAUUAUAACAUGUUUUCCAUUUCUGAAAUAUUUACCGGGACACCAAAAAUUAGUAGAAAAUACUAAAUUCAUUUUAGAAAUUCUCAAAGAUUUCAUAAUCAGAAGUAAAGACAAAGACCCUGACGAUAAUUUUAUUGCUUCCUAUGUAGCUGAAAGAGGUUCUAAAAUUGUAAGUGAUGAGACCACCACAAUGAAUGAAAGGAAUUUAUUGCGAUCAGUUUUUGAUCUGUUUAUUGCUGGUACUGAGACCACCUCGACCACAAUUUGCUGGUUUGUGCUUUAUAUGUUGAACUAUCCGCAAGUUCAGAAAAAGAUUUUUGAUGAAAUCGAGGCUCAUAUUGGAACUGAACGAGUCCCUUCCAUUCAGGACAGACCUAAGUUUGUAUAUCUCAGCGCUGCUAUUAAAGAAACACAAAGAUUGUCCAGUAUUGCGCCACAGUCUGUCAUGAGAAUCUGUUCAAAAACUCAAACUAUUAGAAACUAUACGAUUCCUGAAGGUUCUUUGAUUGCUCCAAAUUUAGACUCUAUCUUGUUGGACAAAAAAAUCUGGGGAUCAGAUGCUGACAUCUUUAACCCAGACAGAUUCAUUGACACAAAAGGCCAGUUGAAGAAACCCGAAGAGUUCAUUCCCUUUGGAGUUGGACGCCGUGUUUGUCUUGGAGAAUCAAUGGCUAAAACUGAGCUGUUUCUGUAUCUAAGUUCUUUGAUUCAAAGAUUUCACCUGCUUCCAGUUCAUCCAGAUCAACCUCCACCAAUGGACUAUAUUUAUGGAGUGACAAUGAUUCCCAAAACUUACCAACUCAGACUUAUUGAACGGGCAUCUAGUUAAGAUUUUUAAGAUAAACAAGAAUAAAUACUGUAGACACAUAUUUUGUAGACCAGUGAUGCCCGAAAUACGGCCCGCGGGCCAUAUCCGGCCCAUGGACCAUUUCAGGC